AUGUGUAGUGCCUACCGAAGAGAUCCUAACAACCCUAAUAAUGUGUUUGUGGCGAAUAUUGUUCUUUGCAAAGGCGUACCGUUCUACGGUUACCAUGUAGGAUGGUCACCAUACUUGAAAAUAUAUUUGUUGAAUCCGUCUCAUGUUACAAAAUGUGCUGAUUUGCUACGUACUGGUGCGAUUCAGGGCAUCCCCAUGCAACCUUAUGAAUCACAUAUCCCACACACAUUGCAGUUUUUGGCAGAUUUCAAUUUGUAUGGGUGUGGAUGGAUGAGAAUAUCGGAUGCGUGGUUUCGAGGACCAUUACCAGAUGAGUUCUCUAUUCAGAGUCCAGAAGGUAGAGGACUCGACAUUAAUAGCAGGAUGCUCAGUAGAAAUCAUUUUUCAAGAUUCUCAUUUUCGGAGCUCGAGAUUGAUAUUACUGCUGAUUUUAUUGAAAAUCGCCAUGAUUUAAUGCAGCACAAUAUUCAUGCAGAUUUUGAAAGCGAACGAAAAAUGUCUUUACCCAAAGAUUAUAAACAUCUUAUUAGUAUGAGAGAGCUAUGGAGAGAGGACUACGCAAAACGUCAUGCUGCAGGCAAUCUCUCCUAUAAGCCGCCGCCUGAUAUUACACGUACUGGAGAAGAGCUAGCUUGGUCAAGACUUGAGGAGUUGGAACGUGACCUGGAUGAACGGAUAAUUAGCGCAACGAAAGGAAAACCAGUACCGAAGUUGGAAACAUUUGUAGACAAAGUUGAGUUUGAUUCUUAUAUUCCUACUGCAUUUGAAAUUGUGGAUUACAUGUUCAGGAGAAAGCCUAAGCAGGUGAAUAUUGAGCCUGUAAUAAGAGAUGAAGGAAAUGCUAAUCAUAUCGAUGAAGCUGACGGUCAGACUCUUGAUGAUAAGGGAUCAGAUACAGAUGAAGCCGAAGAUGAGGAUAUUGAGGAUCCAAAUGCUUUAGCAAAUGAGGAAAAAAUUGAGAGGGUGCCACAACUAUCAUUGAAAAGGUUAUCUCAAGAUAAUAGCUUCUCGCUUUCUCAGAAGAAAUCUAAGCUCUCGAGACGAGAUACUACCGAUUCAUCGUUCUCCUACUUUUCAGAAGAUUUCAAUGCUGCUGUUAGAAAAUCAUCAUUAGUGCUCUUGUCGCAAGGCGACUACCCUAGUGUCAGCUCUCAUGGAGCUUCAAGAUUGGAGUCCAUUUUGGAGAAAUUUCAUAUAAAGAGUGCUCUUGGUCUUUGCGUAUCUGCACCCAAUAGAUCAGAAGUUGCUUCAACUAUGGAAGAGCUGGGUGAACCUUCAGUUAUAUAUAAAGAACCAUAUUUCAGUAAACUGGAAGAUGUACCUGAGGGCCCAUUCGUGCAUGCUGGUGUUGAAUUUCGUCUGAAAUCUGACCACGUGAGUGAUUUGCCAGAAUUCGAUUUCUCUGACCAGACAUCCUUUAGUCCGAUUGAAUAUCACCUGAGUAGUUACCAGCAGUUCCACUACCGUCCCAAAAGAACGGUUCAAUAUUUACCUCUACCUCCAUCAAGACAGCAAGUUGAAGACUGGACAAAAGCAUCACCAACUUCCACGGCCAAAAGGGAAAAGGCUAGAAAACCAGGUGCAGAUAAACCCCAAUUUCUUUCUCAGAUCAACGGGCCAACUCAAUGGAACCCUUACGGAUACAAGUUUGCGUCCCAGAAGAAGACAAGCCAGAUUAGAAAACACAUUAGUGACCGUGAAAUGUCAGUUCUCGUGGUUGAAGUACAUGUUAAUACCAGGCCAGGAAAGCUGCCGAAUCCUCAGCAUGAUCCUGUUAGUAUGAUAUUUUGGGGCUUUAAAAACAGUUUUGCUGAUGAAUUAGAUCCUAAAAAGUCUGCAUCUGGCGUGCUUGCUUAUGGGGAUGACAGUUUGUAUGACCAAUUGGAAUCUAUUGGCAGCUCUAAACAUGCUCUAGUACAAGUUGUUGAUACUGAGUUAGAGCUGAUCAAUACGUUCGUUAGAUUGGUUAGGUAUUAUGACCCGGAUAUUUUAAGUGGUUAUGAGAUCCACAACUCAUCUUUAGGAUACAUAAUCGAACGGGGACGUGAAAAUUUCUCUGGUUACGAUUUGUGUGUGGAGCUAUCAAGAGUACAAUCAAACACAAACACUAAAUUCAACGACCGAUGGGGUUAUACGCAAGCUUCGGCAAUUAGGGUUACUGGCCGUCAUAUGUUGAAUAUAUGGCGAGUAAUUCGUCACGAGCUGAAUCUACUCCAGUAUACAAUUGAAAAUGUUGUAUUUCACACUCUACAUGAUAGGAUCCCUCAUUACAACCAUGAUGACUUGACUAAAUGGACUCAAUCGGGGCUAAUUGCUUACUUGGAAAUUGUCGUCAACUAUUAUCUCUCCAGGGUAGAGUAUGAUAUCAAGAUUAUAGAUGACCAACAUCUAAUAACGAGGAAUAGUGAACAGGCUAGACUCUUGGGAAUCGAUUUUUACUCUGUGCUGUCAAGAGGCUCACAGUACAAGGUUGAGUCAUCUAUGACUAGAUUGGCCAAAAAGGAGAACUUUAUUAUGAUAUCACCUAGCAAGAAACAGGUUGGCCAACAGAAUGCUUUGGAGCAUAUUCCUCUUGUCAUGGAACCUUUGUCUGGUUACUAUACAAGCCCGGUUCUUGUGCUUGAUUUCCAGUCCUUGUAUCCAUCUAUUGUGAUUGCCUAUAACUAUUGUUAUUCUACCUGUCUUGGUAGGGUAAAAUUUUGGAGAGGUCGUAACAAACUGGGUGUGAUCGAUCUGGAUGUCGAUUCUAAGCUUCUAGAUGUAUUGAAAGAUGAUUUGACUAUUGCUCCGAACGGAUUAAUAUUUGUCAAGGAAAUACGUCGAAAGUCAUUAUUGGCCAAAAUGCUGUCGGAAAUUUUGGACACACGAGUCAUGGUCAAAGCCGGAAUGAAACUCGAUCAAGAACCAGGUUUUCAGAAUAUGAUGAAUAACCGGCAGUUGGCUCUGAAGUUGAUUGCAAAUGUAACAUAUGGUUAUACAUCGGCAACAUAUUCUGGACGGAUGCCCUGUGCGGAGAUUGCUGAUAGUAUAGUUCUCAGUGCGAGAGAAAUACUGGAGAAUACUAUUCGGAUCAUAGGUGAGACUACCAAAUGGGGAGCUGAAGUUGUAUAUGGAGACACGGAUAGUAUCUUCGUUCAUCUUCCUGGAAAAUCUAAGGACCAAGCAUUUGAGAUUGGAAACGACAUUGCGAAUUAUAUUACAAGUAUCAAUCCGUCUCCCAUCAAACUCAAGUUUGAAAAGGUGUAUAUGGGGAGUGUUCUAUUGACGAAGAAACGAUACGUGGGGUAUAUGUAUGAAACACCUGAUCAGAAAGUACCUGUGUUUGAUGCUAAAGGUAUAGAGACGGUCCGAAGAGACGGUACACCAGCAGAACAGAAGAUCGAAGAAAAGGCACUUCGACUGCUAUUUGAGACAUCUGAUUUAUCAAAAGUAAAAGAAUUCCUGCAUCAGCAAUGGCGAAAGAUUAUGACUGGUAACAUUUCGGUUCAAGAUUUUUGUUUUGCGAAAGAAGUACGAAUGGGUACUUACAAGGAGGGCGGGACUCUGCCACCAGGAGCAGCAGUUAGUGCCAAAAAGAUGGAGAAAGAUGAAAGAGCAGAACCUCAAUAUCGUGAGAGAGUCCCUUAUGUCGUCAUUAGCGGACCACCUGGGUCUCGACUAGUCGACCGAUGUGUGUCACCAGAUGAACUGGUGAACAAUGCGAACUACUAUCUUGAUUCUGAUUAUUAUAUCAAGAAAAACCUGAUCCCUCCGUUAGAGCGUAUUUUUAAUAUCUUGGGAGCCAAUGUUCAAUCGUGGUAUGACCAAAUGCCUAAAGUUAUAAGAUUCCAGCCUAUUAAAGGGAAAGGAGAGAAUUUGCGAAACUAUAUCAAAUCUGCCUCGUGUAUUAUCUGCAAGGACAAGCAAACUAAUGAUGGUAUAUGCAGUGAGUGUCGAGAAGAUCCUGCUGGUUCGAUGCUGAUACUUCAAAAAAGAAUAAAAUACAGUGAGGAAAAAGUUUUGGAGCUAGAAGCAAUAUGUAGAAAUUGCUCUGGUAUUAGUCCUGUCAUGGAAGUCCGAUGUGAUUCUGGGGACUGCCCUAUUUAUUACUCGAGAAAAAGAGCUAUAGCUAAGUUCGAUGCUGUGGUCUCAGAAGAUAUGAGCUUGUUAGAUUUAAAUUGGUAA